GUCGCAGCCGGACUCGCGCAAACUACAUUUCCCGUGACUCCCUGCGCCGUUGAGGUUACAUGCUGCUUUCCACGCAGCCCAGUCCUGCUGCUGCGAUAAAUGUGGUCCUUGAACGACUCAUUGCCCGGACACCUUCGCAUGGUCCUCGGGCAUGAGUACGAUUUUUCUUGAGCUCAAAUUGUAACUUCUACCUCUGUGGUUGAACGUCACAGCAGCAGAAAGGGGGAGGGGGAGAAGAGGAGGAUGAUAAUGCAGCUCCUCUUGACUCAUGGGACGCUGUGGCGGAUGGCGGCAGUGCGUCCAUUGCUGGCGGGCAUCACUGUCCCCGAGCCAGCAGUAGCAUUGUGUUGCUGUGCCCUCCGUCUGACACCACUGCCAGCGCCACCUACAGGCCGGCGCUGGCUUUCGACCUCAGCCUCCAGCAGGGCAGCACAUCAGCCAAAACACCAGCCACCACAGGAGGAACCACAGUCCAGUUUCACACCUCAAACCCAGGAGAUCCAGAAAAAUGAAGCUGGUCCAACUCCUGCAGAGUUGGACCCUCUGCAGGAUAAGUCCAUCGGCCUGUUCCAGAGAUUUAAGAGGACCUUCAAACAAUAUGGGAAGGUGAUGAUCCCUGUACAUCUAGUGACGUCCUCUGUCUGGUUUGGGACCUUCUAUUACGCUGCUAUGAAAGGUGUGAAUGUAGUGCCAUUCCUGGAGAUGGUUGGUCUACCAGAGUCAUUAGUUGGCCUUUUGAGAGACUCUUCAAGUGGCUAUGCUCUGACAGCAUACGCCAUGUACAAGAUUGCCACCCCUGCUAGAUAUACGGUAACUCUGGGUGGCACGUCACUAUCUGUUCAGUACCUCCGCAAGCACGGCUACUUAUCCACGCCACCUCCAGUUAAAGAAUACAUCCAGGACAAAAUGGAAGAGACAAAGGAGAAAUUUACAGAAAAGAUGGAGGAGACAAAGGAAAAAUUUUCAGAGAAAAUGGAGGAAACCAAAGAGCGCAUCUCUGAGAAAAUGGAAGAGACUAAGGACAAGCUCUCUGAGAAACUGCAGGAAACCAAAGACAGAGUCUCUGAGGGAAAAGCAUUUUUUAGAAAGAAAAAUGAUUAACGAAUCAUAUUUACAGGUGGUGCCUCUGAAUAAAUAAUUGUGUUUUGAUCUUGACCAGUCAUCAGUGAAUCGAGAGCAAGUAACAGACAGCGCUUCUGAAAGUGUUUGGAAAGAAGAGAAAUAUUGCACUGUUGCUGUCCUGACAUGUCACCUCAUACAUCCUACUUAUCACCUGUUGUCCAUUAAAGUGUCACAGUGUCCCUCAUUGUCCAAGCCCUGCCACGAUGCACUGCAAGUGUAGACUAGACAGCAGCUUAGCAGACUCCUGGUAAUGCUUCAUUCUGGCUCACUCAUCUCUGACUGGAUUUCCACAGGCUCAAGUGAUCUGGAUUUUAACUCUUGGUUGGCUUAAAGUUGGCUGUUUAAAGAGGAGGCAGGUUCUCAUUUCUCUUCACAUACGUAUACAUGGGGGGAAAUAGAGGUAAAGGCUUCACUUGCCUGUGUAAAAAUCUUUUCUAAUGUAAUGAGAGAGAAAUUAAGUUUUUCUAAUGAAUUUUUAUCUGAUAGCCAAAACUAAUAUAUUACAUUAUAGUGAUGCCUGCACCACUUAAUGUAGUAACUGACAGUUGUGUAUGACAUGAUAAAGUCAGGUGAUUGUUUGCACUUGGGGCAGAAAUGGUCACAGUGCAUGUCAGUGUAUGUAUGAUGAGUUGUCAUACAUGUAAACAUCCAGUGGGUACAGUAUAGUACAUACAGUCGUAUGUAUGAAUGAAAACUGUGUAAUACAUGGACAUAAUAAAAUGUUGAUAGUCUACCACUUUGUUAGCUAAAAUGUCACGGGUGCUUUGGUAAAUGGACAAAUGGUUUUGUCAGAAAUUCAAACUUCAAACCACAAAUGAAGAGAGUGAAAUCCUUCAA